UUUGCAGCACGCAUGCUCCCAGCGCCAGUUCCUGCUCAUGUCCACCUUUUCUCGGAAGGUUUAGCUGAGGCUCCCGGGUGGAUCGGAUUAGCGGAGGGGACAUCGGAUCGCCUCCUGUGUGAUCAGCUGCCCGUUAGAGACAUUCCAGGACCGGGAGGGGAAGGGAAAAGUGCCCGCGGGGGUUCUGCCAGGUGAGAAGUUCCAGGCAGCCAGGCGAUCGUCAUGCCCAGAGCUUUCCUGGUAAAGAGAAGGACCCCACCGCCUGUAGUCCGCAGCUGGGAUGAGCUGCCAGACGAGGAGAGAGCGGACACCUACAUACCAGACAGCAUAGACUGCAUCUUCAAGUAUGUGACUGAGGACAGCUUGAGUAACAGCAGCAGUGGAGGGGACCCAAGAGCUGACAGUCCAGAGAGGGCCAGCAGUGACUCCUCCAGCCUCUGUAAUGGGAGUCUCACCACCCCCAGUAGCCUUGGCCAGUGUGGAGAUGCCUUGUCUCCUGAAGCACAAGGAAGAAGCAGCCAAGAGAAUGCUGAAGAACAGGCUUUGGACCUCAAGCGAUCACCUGCCAGACCCAAAAUAAAGGUCACCAGCGGAACACUCAGCGAGGAUAUUUAUAGCUGUGACAUCUGUGGUAAAGGUUUCCGCUUGCAGCGCAUGCUUAACCGUCAUCUCAAGUGCCAUAACCAGGUUAAAAGACACCUCUGCACCUUCUGUGGCAAAGGGUUCAAUGACACCUUCGAUCUGAAGAGACAUGUAAGGACUCAUACAGGAAUUCGUCCUUACAAAUGUGAGAUCUGUAACAAAGCCUUUACCCAACGUUGUUCUCUGGAAUCUCACCUUAAAAAAAUUCACGGUGUGCAGCAAGGCUUUGCGUACAAGCAGAGGAGGGACAAGUUAUUUGUUUGUGAGGAGUGUGGCUACACCGGCCCCUCCCAGGAGGAUUUAUACCUACAUGUUUACAACGGCCACCCUGGCAGCGCCUUUCUUAAGAAAACCACCAAAAAACUGGCAGCCCUUUUGCAACACAAAAUUACAUCGGUGCUGCAGGUCAGUCCCACAAAUGAAGAAGAGGAGGAAGAAGACGACGACGAAGAAGAAGAAGAUAAUCAGUGAAAGGGAAAUAGACCUCGUGUACAGAAAUGUUUACAUGGCGUGUGAACUUUUCUAAAUUUUGUAUAUUGCUUAUUUUAUUACUUUGACAAAGGCAGAGGGAUUUUUAUUGUAUAAUAUAAUGGAUUACUGGACACAGCAAACUACUGAUUGUUCGUUCUACUAAUAAGGGCUACAGAAUUCCUGGGAAGAUGAAUCCAGAGACUCAUGAAAUAAACAAAAAAUCUAUGCUGUAA